CCUGGCAACUGCGUAUUGUGAAAUAACCCAAUAAGUGAUCUUAGUUCUUAUAUCUACAAUGUCAAAGACAUUUUUUAACGCCAAUAAUUGCAAUCACAUGGCGGAAGAUGAACCAGAGUGUAAGGACUUCGAGGAAAAGUGGGAAUUAUCAUCAUCUGACGAAGAUACAGACAGCGAUGUCCUGAUUGUCGAAGAAGACUCGCUUGACUCUUCCGAAGUCGAUUUCCGUCAGACUCCGGAGGAUCAUUCCGGGGUUACCCCAAGAGCACCAUCCAAAGCACUUGGUGAUAAUGAUCAGCAAGAAGUCCCAGUUCUAGAGCCAGAUAGAUUUUUAGAACAACAAGACGAAAAUUGUGGGCCAAUCAACGUGGUCGACGCUGGGUCAUAUAUAUGUUUUUCAGAAGACGUCUCUGAAGUACACCGUUUGAUCCGGUAUCACAGUCAGGACAUAAUUUACCAGGCAUGUGCGCCCAUGAGGAGUCCUUGCAGCCGGCACAACCGUAUCCUGCACGACUGCUUCGAAGUCAACUUAACUGAUGUGGCAUGCACGCUGCUGAACUCGGCGGUUCCCCGACUACAGUGUCCCCUCCAUGUGGACGAACGAACGGUGCAAUACAUCGCCCAGGGACUCUGCCGUGCCAUGAACUUCGUCACCGAAACGGGAAAUCCCCUAGUGCGACGCCAGGGUGUCGGUCGCCUAGUGGCCGCCAUUAUGCUGGACAGGCGGACGGGCGACCUGCUGGCGUACGUCCUGGCCCAAUUGGUGCCACAGGCACUGAUGGACGGCGACUCAGGAGACGUGGUGGGCAUGAUGCUCCAUCAGGUAACUCGCGGAUUCAGCGCCGACGACAACUAUUGCCGCAUCAUCACCGAUUACACCGGGCCGUUUCUUUUGACGGUUAACCACAUACCAACUAACUAGCGCCUGUUUCCACUUCUUCUUCGGGUUUUGCCUACCAGUUAAUAAAAUCCAUCUAUUAACUCAAAUAUGGUUCAGGAAUCCAUGAAAGCACAAGAAAAGAAAUAUCAUUUUUACUAAGUUUUUGGAUACAAAAAAAAAAAUAUAUAUAUAAUGAAAAAUUUUAGAUUUUGAAAGACCUUAAACUGCUUGGAAUAAGGGAAUUAUUUUUACUGUAAAAUGAAGUACAUUAACGAAGUCGUGAAAACACCAGGAAAAAAAAAACAACUUCCUUAAAGAGCUUUAAAAUCGAAAGAAAUUCAUUUUAAAUAUUUUUAAUUUUGAACGCUCAGUAUUUUAUCGUGUUAUAAUUCUUACAAAAUAAAAACGAAUUAAUUGUAUUUAAGUUUUAUACCUACUGGCAAACAAUUUAAUUUUAUAUUUUUGAAGAAAAGCGUGUAACUUGGUAUCUUGUAACACUAAUUAUCAUUUUGUAACUUUAAAGUUAUUUUAGUUUUGAAAUAUUUGUCUCAUCAGUUCAAUUUAAUGCAAGAUGUUUUGAUUUCCGUUUUAAAAAUCCAAUAAACUAUCCAACAAGAUGUUUCCAAAUCAUAUAUUUGCGAAUAUUUACUUAACCUACA